AUGUCUGAAUUGGAUCAAGGACUGGGGCUACAGAAUGAGCUGGAGCUAUUCCGUGAGAAGUGGAAGGAAGAAUUGCGAGAGAGACCUACCAAAGGACUGGCCUUGAGGUCUGCACGCGCAAAGAGCCCUGAGCCCGAUCCGGAGCAAAUGGCUCUUCCGGUCGUUGCGAUUUGGACACUCCCUGACGACCUUCUAUGCGAAAUAUUCUACUCCGUGGCCGAGGCGGAGCCACCGACGUCAAUAGAGGAUAUCCCUCCCCAUAGUCAACUUUACUCAAUGACGAGGCCACUGCACUUGCGCAACCACUUCACGGAUAUGGGAUGGCUGCGUUUGACGCAAGUCUGCCAGAGAUGGCGCGACAUCUUGCUGGGUGCAGGCAUGGCCCAAUUGUGGGGCAGAGUUGCCUUUACUAUCCCCUCUAUGGCUGCCUUCCCAACUUUGCUCUCAAGGUCAAAGGACGCACCCUUGCACGCAUUACUGAGUGCUCCCGGCAUGGGGCUAGGGCUGCGUGCACCUCUCUCGCUACCACACGUAGAGGCGGUCACGACCAACCUGCACCGAAUUCGGUCGCUGAAAGUGCGCAGUGCAUUGACGCGCGACUUGCUCCAUCUCUUCGCACACCCUCUACUCGUACCCUUUCUUCAUGAACUCGAUCUUCAUGUGGACUUCAGCAAUGAACGCCGUCCCAAUAUUCACGGACCCUGGGUCAUCAUGCUGCCGGCGCCGCAGGAGACGCCUGAAGCGCUCAACGAUGGAGAUGACGCAAUACCCACUGGAGAUAGCCGUAUAGCGAUAGAUGGCCCGAGUGUCACUGUCGCCUCGCUGCACUUUGAACGGACCAGUACAAGCGCAUUCAUGCGUCCCGGUUUGCACUUUUCUCUUCCGAGCCUUCGCCGCCUGGAAGUCCGCAUAUACGACAUCUCGACGCAGAUCAGCGAUUUAGACUGGCUAAUGUCGCUUUUGCGCACGGCGCCUUUGAUCGAGGUGCUCUCCCUCGAGCUGAGGCUAAGGCAAUAUACGCCUAAUUGGACUGCAUUAUUCGCCGGGUCCCCUCCUCAACUCCAGUACCUUAAGGAGCUUAGGCUCAAGGACUGUAGGUCCAUCGACUUCGCACCGUUCUUAGGACAAGUCUGUAUCAGACCUCCUGCCUCCAUCUCUGCGUCGUGCAGUGCGCCUAGAGACUUCGAUCCGGCAGUCGGCAUACAGCAAGAAACGCUGGGUUUCAUCAACACUUUCGGAAACUAUCUAUGCCGCCCCGGCCAUAAAGCUCUACAUAUCUCGCUGUCGGAUUCUCACGCUUCCACGGGUGGGGCAUGCAUCGUGGAAUUGCAGUCCAUGCUCGUCCUUGACGAUUGUCAGCGCUUCAUGUACUUUCAAGGCAGGCACACAGGUCAAACAGCAUUACCUCAGUCCGUUAAUCUUUCCGCCGACACCACUCAGCUUGUCUUUGAGAUGCCAUUCUCUCAUGUCCGCAAUCCAGGCUGGCUUGAGAUGCUUUCCUCGCGCAUUGGUCGCAAGGAUCUCAUUGAACAACUCGACAUGCGCAUUCCGCACGAAUACUCUCACGAAUGGGUUGAGGCAUUCCGGAGACAUCUCCUACUGCCUAUGACAGCGCUUCGCGAGCUGUCUAUCGUUCAGGAUACCCGCCAUACCACGACCGCGGAAGGCUGGGCGAGGACGAUCAAUGUGCUACUACGCAACUCACCGCCUCUCAUCUUUCCGGCCCUGCACACACUCCUCGUCCCAUUCUGUCCAGAGGUGUUUCAGCAUGAACGCAAUCCCCUCGAGGCAUGGUGGAAUCCUCUCAUCGAGAGUUUGACGCACAGACAAGCACAUGGUUGUCCCAUUCAUACUCUGAGAAUCACUGGGAUCUGGACGCAGGAUUGGAAAGACAUGUUCUCAGGUCGCGACGCGCGGAUGAUGGUUCGAGCGAUGUCCCUGGUGGAAGUUGUUCUAGACGAGCGCGACGUGCAUCUGAGGCCAUGCUUACGGUAUUAUGCCAUCCCGUAUAAUUCGUUAACUCGCAUUCGUGUUGUACAUAUAUAUGCCUUGCACCCGAUUACCUCUGCCUUGAGAUAUACAUUUAUAUGUUCAGCGAUGAAAAGAUUUGCUGGAGUCAGGCAACUGCCUGAUUGA